AGCCGGGAGCCGGGAUCCCACCGCCCCAUGGCCCCGGCCGCGGCGGCGGAGCCCAGCGCCCGCCGCCCCCGGGGCACCGGCCCUGGCCCCGGCGGGAGGCGCACGGCUCGGCGGCCGCCGGAAUUGCGGCUGAGCCAGAGACGAUGACUGCAGAGAGCACCGAAUCCAACGUGCCUAUGCGGGAACCCGAGCACGGAGGGCCCAAGGUGCCCGUGCCCCUCAUCCCAGCGCGGCGCCAGGGCCGGCGCCUGCGGCGCAAGCCCCCGGCGGAGCCCUCGCCCAAAGGGCAGCUCCGCAUGCGCUCGCCCGCGGGGGCCUUCGUUAUGGUGGGCAUCUCGGUGGUCCUGGUGGGCAUGACCAUUGCCGUGGUGGGCUACUGGCCUUACCGGGGAUAUGGGGGCACCGGGGCCAGCGCGGGGAACAGCAGUGCGGUGGGGGACACGAGGAGGGAGGUGGCGGCUGGGCGCCACAUGCCCCACAGUGAGAAGCUGAAGCUGAUCGGCCCUGUCAUCAUGGGCAUUGGGCUCUUCAUCUUCAUCUGCGCCAACACGAUGCUGUACGAGAACAGGGACAUGGAGACCCGGCAGCUGAUGCAGAAGGGGCUCUACAGCCUGGCAGUGGGCCUGCCCGAGGGGACCGGCCCCGAGGAUGGGCACUGCCAGCAUGGGGACAGCCAGCCCUUCCCCAAGGCCAAUGCUGAGUGUUUGGAGGGCUGUUACCAGGUGGACCUGUCCUGUCAGCCCUGCCCCAGCCCUGGCAGCAAGUGGUCUGACUGCUACGGCCCCGGCCGGCUCCAGGCCAUGGCCGAGUUCCUGCAGCACCCGGCGGCUUCCCCUGCGACCUCUCUCCGCAGCCUCCGCUCCACCGAGGUCAACCUGAGCCUCCCGUGCCACGCUGGAGCCGAGUCCCUCCUGUCCUCGGCUGUGGGGGCCUUGACGCUGCCCAUAAUCAAGCUCAACAACUGCUUGCUGGAUGGGGCAGCACGGGGGGCCGAUGGGAGGGCAGAGAGGGGCUCUGCUGAGCAUCCCCCCAAAACACCACAGCUCUCCCGGGCUCCGCUUUCCAUUGGUGACAGCACUGCACUCUGCAGCCAGGGUGGCCGUGGUGGUGGUGGCCACGUUGUCAUCAGCGUGGAUACCAGCUGUCCCGGUGCAGAGCCGCUGGUGGAGCUCAGCUCCGACGUGCACCUCCACACCCCGGGACACUCCAAAUCCCUGGACCUUGGCCGGCCGGGGGUGCUGCUGGUGGCCCCCAUCAAGGACCGUAAGAACCGGAGCUGGCCUCGGCUGGACCACGUCAGCCUUGUGGGCUACGCCAAACUGGAAAGUACUGGCGAGUCCUCAGACCAGCUGCUGGAGCCCAGCGAGCCCCCAAGCCGGGGCGAGCCCCUGCCCAGCUCCUGGGUGGUGGGGAUGGAGCAGGGCACACGGGUCUGAUGUUCCCAGCACCUUUGGGGACCGUAACAUCCCAGUCCCUCAUCCUGGCCCCCAGCACCCACCAGCAACCCCAAAACCCCACAUCCAGGAGGGGUUUGGGGGCGGCAUUUUUAAGCCAAUGCCAAGAGGAAGGUCCUGACCCUCCGCUCCUGGGUGAGGACUCGCAUAGGUGGGAUGUCCUGCCGGCUGGAUGCCCUUGGCCUUACAAGCCCUUCUCCUGGUGGCUUUUCCAGAGGAGUCCUCGCUUUGAGACCCCACACAAAUGGUGGGAUAGGGACAUGGGGGCAGGUGAAGCCCCACCAGGCCCCACAGCACUUUAUCUCAGCAGGGUUGGGGUGGGGAGAUGCUUUGGGGGGUGAUGUCCUCUUAUCCAGCCUCAACCCACCAGAAAAUUUGCUUAGCCAGAGCACGUCAGCCCAACGGGGCUAUUAAAUAUUAUCUGGAUGCCA